GUAUUCAUAUACGGUUUAAGCAUAAAAUGGCGACGACAGUGGCAGAGAGAGCUUAGAACUCAAAACUCGUACCUCCACCUCCGCCCUCCAAGGCUCCAACUAUCGGCACCAACGCCAACGCCAGAGCCACCGGCACCUCCUGCCAAUAUGCCAAUGAAAACCCAGAAGCUCCACUGUGUGGUGAACAGAAAAUCUGUCUUCACCCCCAUCAGCUGACGGCAAGAAAGAGUAAUCUUGGGUGUAAGUUCAGCUCCACCUCCACCUCCACCACUGCUUCCACCCACCACCACUACCACCAACCAUUCCCCCUGGAAAAGGCUCUUCAGGUAAGAAAGUUCAACUAUCUUGACCAUAACCUCCUUUAUUUUCUCUCUCUUCACCACCACCUUUUACACACAUGCAUGUUUUUCAAUACUUGGUGUGAACGUUAAGCAUCCUCGCCACCACUACCAGAAUCACUCCCACUCCCACAUGCAUGUUGUCCCUUAGAGUGGACUUCGACUACCACCACCACCACCACCAUCACCACCGCCGCCGUUACCUCCAGCACCACCACCACCGCCGCCGCUACCUACUACCAAAAUCACAUUAACCAUAUUUAUUAACCUUCACCAUCAGACUAUUGUAACCUCAAAUGGAGAAAAGAAUCCAUGUCAUCAUCUUCUCUCUCUGUUUCUUUUUUUUCUUAACCUUCUCUCCUGUACUAGUUUCCUCUCUCUCCCCUGAUGGACAAGCUCUUCUUUCCCUUCUCGCCAAUGCUGAUGCAUCUUCAACGGAAUCUUCAUCCAUCCUCGCUUCAUGGAACCCUUCACACCCAACACCCUGCUCAUGGCAGGGAAUAACAUGCUCUCCGGAAGACAGGGUUAUUUCGCUCUCUCUCCCGAACACAUUCCUCAACCUCUCUGCGCUCCCUUCUCAGCUUUCUUCACUGUCGUCUCUCCAACUUCUCAAUCUAUCAUCUACCAAUGUAUCGGGCCCAAUUCCCCCCUCCUUCGGCCUCCUUACCCAACUUCGCCUCCUAGACCUUUCGUCUAAUUCUCUUUCGGGUCCCAUCCCACCGCAGCUUGGCACGCUCACUUCACUCCAGUUUCUGUUCUUGAAUUCUAAUCGUCUCUCAGGGAGCAUUCCUCCGCAGCUUGCAAACCUCUCCUCCCUGCAAGUCCUCUGUCUCCAAGAUAAUCUCCUUAAUGGUUCUAUACCGUCCCAAUUGGGCUCAUUGGUCUCCCUCCAACAGUUUCGUGUUGGUGGAAACCCAUAUCUAACCGGUGAGAUACCACCCCAGUUGGGACUACUGACUAAUCUAACCACUUUCGGUGCUGCGGCAACUGGGCUCUCUGGUGUAAUACCUUCCACGUUCGGGGACUUGAUCAAUCUCCAGACAUUGGCGCUUUACGAUACUGAGAUAUCUGGUUCGAUUCCACCUGAAUUGGGUUUGUGUUCUGAGCUGACGAAUUUGUAUUUGCACAUGAACAAGCUCACCGGCUCAAUCCCGCCUCAACUUGGUAAGUUGCAAAAGCUUACAAGCUUGCUUAUAUGGGGCAAUGCGAUUACAGGAUCAAUCCCUGCGGAGCUCUCCAACUGUUCAUCGAUGGUUGUCUUUGACGUCUCUGCUAAUGAUAUCACUGGUGAAAUCCCGGCUGAUUUAGGGAAGCUAGUGGUUCUAGAGCAGCUUCAUCUGUCUGAUAAUUUACUCACCGGUUCUAUUCCAUGGCAGUUGAGUAACUGUACGAGUUUAACUACCCUUCAGCUUGAUAAGAACCAGUUAUCAGGGCCAAUUCCAUGGCAGGUUGGUAAUUUGAAAUUUCUGCAGUCCUUCUUAUUGUGGGGUAAUUCGGUUUCUGGAACCAUACCUUCUUCUUUUGGAAAUUGCACGGAGCUUAAUGCUCUUGAUCUUUCAAGAAACAAGCUAACAGGGUCGAUUCCAGAAGAGAUUUUUGGUCUGAAGAAGUUAAGCAAGCUUCUGCUUAUGGGAAACUCGUUGUCUGGUGGGUUGCCUCGGAGCGUUUCCAAGUGUCAGUCUCUGGUGAGGUUGAGGCUAGGAGAGAACCAGCUUUCGGGGAAGAUUCCUAAGGAGAUAGGUCAAUUGCAGAAUCUCCUCUUCUUUGACCUGUAUACAAACCAUUUCUCUGGUAACCUGCCUCCCGAGAUUGCCAACAUCACAGUUCUUGAGCUCUUAGAUGUGCAUAACAACCAUCUAACAGGAGAAAUCCCAUCUCAGCUUGGGGAGCUUGUAAAUUUAGAGCAGCUUGAUCUCAGCCAAAACAGCUUUGCAGGUGGAAUUCCCUGGAGUUUUGGGAACUUCAGUUACUUGAACAAGCUUAUUCUCAAUAAUAAUCUGCUGACAGGGUCGAUCCCCAAAUCCUUCAGGAAUCUUCAGAAACUUACUCUACUAGAUUUAAAUUUCAACAGCCUCUCUGGUGCAAUUCCGCCUGAAAUAGGUAAUAUGACAAGUUUGACGAUCAGUCUGGACUUGAGCUCAAAUGGGUUUACAGGAGAAAUCCCCAAGGAAUUCUCGGGUUUGACACAGUUACAGUCACUUGAUCUUUCCAAUAAUAUGCUUUAUGGAGGAAUUCAAAUACUGGGCCUCUUGACCAGUCUUACUUCCUUGAAUAUCUCUUUCAACAAUUUCUCAGGUCCCAUCCCUGUGACACCAUUCUUCAGGACUCUAUCUUCAAAUUCUUAUCUCCACAACCCAAACCUAUGUGAAUCCCUUGAUGGGUCUACUUGUUCCUCAACUCUAUUCCAGAGAAGUGGGCUAAAAUCUGCGAAAACUGUAGCCUUAGUCUCUAUUAUUCUGGCUUCUAUAACAAUGGCAGUUCUUGUAUCUUGGAUCAUUGUAACCAGAAAUAGAAAUUAUUUGGCCAAAAAUUCUUCAGGUUCACCAGGGUCUUCAUCACAAGUUGAAGACUUUUCAUAUCCAUGGACGUUCAUCCCAUUUCAGAAGCUCAAUUUCACAAUUGAUAACAUUUUGGACUGUCUGAAAGAUGAGAAUAUAAUUGGGAAAGGAUGUUCAGGGAUUGUCUAUAAGGCUGAAAUGCCUAAUGGGGAAUUGAUUGCGGUGAAGAAGCUAUGGAAAACAAACAAGGAUGAAGAACCUGUGGAUUCUUUUGCUUCAGAGAUUCAGAUUCUUGGGCAUAUACGUCAUCGGAAUAUUGUUAGACUUCUGGGUUACUGCUCAAAUAAGUCCACGAAGCUACUCCUUUACAAUUAUAUUUCAAAUGGGAAUCUGCAACAGCUAUUACAGGGAACUAGGAACUUGGAUUGGGAAACCAGGUACAAGAUUGCUGUAGGUUCUGCUCAGGGUCUUGCUUAUCUUCACCAUGAUUGCGUGCCAGCAAUCCUUCACAGGGAUGUAAAGUGUAACAACAUACUUCUAGAUUCCAAAUUUGAGGCUUACCUGGCUGAUUUUGGGCUGGCCAAGCUGAUGAACUCUCCAAAUUAUCACCAAGCAAUUUCUAAAGUUGCUGGCUCCUAUGGGUAUAUUGCACCAGAAUAUGGAUACACUAUGAACAUAACAGAGAAGAGUGAUGUCUACAGUUACGGGGUAGUUUUGCUGGAGAUCCUUAGUGGUCGUAGUGCCAUUGAGCACCAGGUUGCAGAUGGGCUUCACAUAGUUGAGUGGGUGAGGAAGAAGAUGGGCAGCUUUGAGCCUGCUGUAUCUGUAUUGGAUGCUAAGCUCCGGGGCUUACCUGAUCAGAUGGUGCAAGAGAUGCUCCAAACACUUGGAAUCGCAAUGUUCUGUGUGAAUUCAUCACCCUCAGAGAGACCAACCAUGAAGGAAGUGGUGGCGCUGCUAAUGGAGGUCAAGAGCCAACCUGAAGAAUGGGGGAAGACUUCUCAACCUCUCAUAAAGCAGCCAUCGAACCAGAGCUGAAAGAUUAAUUUUUGUUUGUUCUAGUCCAAGUAUUCUCUCAAUUAUGAUUUUCUAUUCCUUCCCAAGAUAAAAAGGUAGAGUUAAUAUGGGCGGGAAGCAAGCGGAGGAAGCAUUUGAUAAUGCUAUUUGUUUGGAUCAUGAUGGCGGUCUCUUGUUCAUUGUACAGUUCAAAACAAAAAUUUGCUUCACCUUUUUUUAAUAUUCUUCUUUCGCUUCAUAUUUCUUGGAGUUUAUGCUUCUUUCAUGGCUUGUCCAAUGUUAUUCGAGUAAGGAGGCGCUGAGAGUUCAAGGCUCAA